GUAUUAGAUUUGGUGAAUAAAGUUACUUUUUACAUUUGGAGGCCAUCUGGUAUUAUAACGUGCACUAAAUGUGAAUGUAUAAUUUAACAGGGAAUAGACGUGCGUGUGUGUGUGAUUGUGUCAGAUACUGUGAUUUUAUCACCAUGUAAACGUGUGCGGGAGGGUGCUCCUAUCUGGGAGGAGUUAUAGUGGUCAAAGAGCAGCAAGAGUUGUGCUCAAUGACACUUUGUCAGGCUUUACCUGAGGGCAGAAUAGAGUAAGCAUGGAGUUGACAGCAACAAACCACUCGAUUCCUCUUAGUGAUGGAAACAGGAUUCCUUUAAUAGGACUGGGAACUUAUGGGGAUCCAAUCACGACCCCCAAAGGAGCCACAAGUGAAGCCGUCAAGCUGGCCAUUGAAGUCGGAUACAGACACUUUGAUGGGGCUUUGGUGUAUUUCAAUGAACAUGAGGUGGGACAGGCAAUCAGGGAAAAAAUAGCAGACGGGACGGUGAAGCGGGAGGACAUCUUCUACUGCGGAAAGCUGUGGAACACAUUCCACCCCCCUGAGCUUGUGCGAACUGCUCUGGAGAAAACCCUGAAGACGUUACAGCUGGAUUAUGUUGACCUUUAUAUUGUGGAGUUGCCAACUGCAUUUAAGCCAGGAGAUAGUUUCUACCCUCGAGAUGAGAAUGGAAAAUAUCUUUAUCAUACGACUGAUCUAUGUGCUACUUGGGAGGCUCUGGAGGCGUGCAAAGAUGCCGGGCUGGUAAAGUCUCUUGGAGUCUCCAACUUCAACAAGCGUCAGCUGGAGUUGAUUCUCAACAAACCUGGACUCAAACACAAACCAGUGUCCAACCAGGUUGAAUGUCAUCCGUACUUCACGCAACCGAAGCUGCUUGAAUUCUGUCGGCAGAACAACAUUGUGAUUGUUGGCUACAGCCCUUUAGGCACUUCAAGAGAUGCAUCAUGGGUCAACCUAAAGUGCCCGCCUCUGUUGGAGGAUGAAGUGCUGAAGUCAGUCGCCAAAAAGUACAGUAAGACCACUGCACAGGUGUGCCUGAGGUUCAACGUGCAGAGAGGAGUGGUGGUCAUCCCAAAGAGUUUCACUUCAGCCCGCAUUAAAGAGAACUUUGACAUAUUUGACUUCUGUCUCUCUGAUGAGGAGAUGAAGGCAAUUGAAGGACUGAACAAGAACAUUCGAUUUGUGGAGCUUCUCAUGUGGGCUGACCAUCCGGAGUAUCCAUUUCAUGAGGAAUAUUGAUGGCACCAAUCUCAAGACCAGCUACAUGAUUUUCUUUGGUUGGCCAGUUAGAUUUUUAGCCAUUUUUAUCCUCACAAAUUCGUCUUUUGCCUCACUUAAUAAAGACAUUCUAAACUGCUUUUGAUAUUUAUUCUUUUAUAUUGCAGCUACUUUUCAACAGAAUCUUUUUGUUUUGAUUUUCUAAGGUCUGGAAAACUUUACCAAUCAUUUUGGGAUAGGGAAAUUAAAGCUUAAUUAAAGCUAAAACUAAACUACUAGCCUGAACGCAAACGAAUUUAGCAUUAAAAUAGUUUUAAAAAAGAAAGUAAAAAGGCACAAAUGAAACUCUGCUCUUUGGAAAGUCUUAAAAAAUUCACACAAACUUUUAAUUUGUAAUUAUUUUUCUUUGUUUUAGAUCUGUUAGGAUUUCCUCACGCAUCUAAAUGGUUUGGGUUCUAAAUGCACAGCUUUAACGACCACCUGAUAUUUUUUAAUGCUUACGUAACAAUUUAUUUGCACAAAUGUUAAUGUAAUUACAUAAUGAGAAACUGUAUACAUUCUUAGUCAUACUUUGAUUGUUUUUUUGUUAUUUUUUUACGGGCUACAAAUCCUUCCUCCAUUAAGGUAGCAGCAUAACAUAACGCUGCUGUCAUGGCCAGCUGAAACAAUUUUGUUGUAUUUGUAACGGUGACAAUAAAGGUUGUGUUCAAAUC